AUGGCCGGCAGAAGCGACCCCUUCAGCCCGGCCCCGACCGAUGGCUCAUACGGCGAAGAAUGGGCCCACGAUUUGCGCAUUCGAUUCGAGAGUCUUCUCCGCGACAAGCGCAUGAAUGAUUUGCGCUCCAGCUCUCGACAGCCGACACCCAGCGCCUUCGAGCGAGCCUCCAGUGUCGGUCUACAAGGACCUUCGACUCCCAUGAGCGACCGCCCGAUGAUUUCUGAUACACCUGUCACGCCACCCUCGUACUCCUCCAUCAGACAUCUGCCCAUCAUUCCCUCGGCGCCGACCGCUGGCGACCGCGAGUCCCAGAAAUUCCGCAACCUUCUCAUCAGCCUGUCACUCACCCCCACCAAAUACGAGAACCCCGGUCUCCUCGAUGAGGCGCUCCAGAUCAUCCCUCUCGAUCGCAUCUACGGCGAGGCCGAGGAGGAAACCCAGGUUCUUCAGGCUGAGGCCGAGAGCAUGGGCGACGGUCGUAAACCUGAAUGGGGCUACCAGGACUGCGUCAUCCGCGCUCUGCUCCGAUGGUUCAAACGUUCCUUCUUCACGUGGGUCAACAACCCACCCUGCCCUGUCUGCCUGUCUCCCACCAUCGCCCAGGGCAUGACGGCACCCACGCCCGAGGAGAGUGCUUGCGGCGCCCUUAGAGUCGAACUGUACAGAUGCUCCGCUCAGAAUUGCGGUGCCUAUGAACGAUUUCCACGAUACGGUGAUGUCUGGCGACUACUCCAGACUCGACGCGGGCGUGUUGGCGAAUGGGCCAACUGCUUCAGUAUGCUGUGCCGCGCCGUUGGUGGCCGCGUCCGCUGGAUCUGGAAUGCUGAAGACCACGUCUGGACUGAGGUGUAUUCGGAGCACCAGCGCAGAUGGGUCCACGUCGAUGCCUGUGAAGAAGCCUGGGAUAACCCGCGCCUCUAUGCCGAAGGCUGGGGCAAAAAAAUGUCCUACUGUGUCGCCUUCUCCCUGGACGGCGCCUCAGAUGUGACGAGACGAUACGUCCGCAAGAACGAAAACGCCAGCGAGCGCAACCGUUGCCCUGAAGAGGUUAUGCUCUAUAUCAUGCAAGAAAUCAAGACGAUCCGCCGGCAGAACAUGAACAAGGACCAGCGGUUCCGUCUUGAAAAGGAAGACCAGAUGGAGAACGAGGAGUUGCGCGGUUUCGUCGUCGCCUCGAUUGCCCAGGCCGUUACUGACCUUGUCCCUGGGUCCAGCUCUACGUCUGGUGCCAGAGUCCAUGGUGCCCACAGCCAAGACACAAAGCUGCCUGCAGAGCAGCCCAGUCACCAAUCUGGCCCAUCGGACUGGGUCAUGACUCAACCGGACGGUGGCCCGCGUUAUCAACCACGCGAUCCCAGCCACCGACGACAGCUGCCAUAA